UCGAACUUCACAAACCAUAAACAGAAGGCUGGUGCUCUGUGAUCGGAAUUUACCUGAUGUGUUGACAGCCUUAUCGCUUUUAGUCACCAAAUUCUAAGCCAACUAAAUUGAGACAUGGCUGGUUUACCACCGGGAGAUCCGCAGCUGGUCUCAAUGAUCGUAAAUCAUUUAAAAACCCAGGGACUCUUUGACCAGUUCCGGAGGGACUGUCUGGCAGACGUUGACACAAAGCCAGCCUACUUGAAUCUGAAACAACGAGUGGACAACUUUGUCUCCAAUCACCUCUCCAAUCACACAUGGAGCCCUCAUUUGAACAAAAACCAACUGAGAAACAACAUCAGACAGCUUGUCCUGCAAUCUGGGAUGCUGGAACAGGGAGUGGACAGGAUUGUGGCCCAGGUGGUGGAUCCUAAAAUCAACCAUAUCUUUAGGCCGCAGGUGGAGAGGGUUGUCCGUGAAUUUCUGUCCCCUGGCAGCUGCUCUGAGGAGCCACCAGCCCCUCUGCCUUUAACAGAGGUCAAACCAGACCACAGCAUUCCUGAGCAGGCCUCAACAUCGACUCCAACUACCACUGCCAGCGACGCCAUGUCCAUCCUGGACACUAUAACUUCUCUAAACCAAGAAGCUAGCGUCAGAGCCAGCUCAGCACCCGAAAAAGCACGUAAAAGCCAAUCUGCAGAUGACUUCAUGCAGGUGAUGGUGGAGGAUAGUGAGCAGGACAUGAGUAUUGUUGAGGAAGGUGACAGUCACCAAGAGGUAAAGCCACUGGAAGACGAAGAGGAAGCAAAACUGUCAGCAGAGGUUCAGGCAUUAGAGGUAAAGACAGAGGAAACACAGGAAGAGGUGGAACUGGGAAAAGAGCCGUUAAAGGAGGAUGUGAAAAUGGAAGAGGAGGAGUCCGUGGCUCAGGAGCAGACAGAGGAAGAGAAGGAUAAAACAGCAAGCAAAGUCAGUGGAAAACCCUCAGAAGAAAAACAGGAUGAUGAUCUACUGAAAUCUACAAGCAAGGCUAAACAGAAGGCCAGAGAGAGGAUAAAAGAAGAGUAUUCUUUGGAGGACUCCGACCUGGAAGGCCUGAGUGACAUCACAGUGAGCUCUGUCCACACCAGCGACCUGUCCUCAUUCGAGGGGGAAAGUGAAGAUGAGCAGCAGCUGUCUGAUUCUUCUGAAGAGGGCGAGCUUCCACCUGAUGAUGAAGGUGAGAGGGAAGAAAAAAAACACAGCACUGGAGACACAGGAGAUGAAGACAAAGAGCGUAAACCUCGCCGCAAGGCCUAUGUUCACAAGCCCUUCCUCUACUCCCGUUAUUAUAGCGACUCAGAUGAUGAGGUCACUGUGGAGGAACGUCGUCGUUCUGCGGCAAAGGACAAAGAAGAACGGCUGCUCAAGAGACAACAGAACAGAGAGCGAAUGGAAGAGAAGCGCAAACAGAAAGCAGCACAGGCUGAAGAACAAGAUCACAAAAAACAAAAGAGCAACGACUCUGCUGCCCUCGAAGGCCCCGGAGCCAAAGAAGCCCGCAAAGAGAGGAAAGUUCUGGAGAAAAAAAUGGCGCUCAACAGAAAGCGAAAACUAGAUAGGAAAGAGGGAGAUGUUUCAAGCAAAAAGAAAGGAGACACGAGAGAUGCUGUAAAGAAAAUGGAAGUGAAAUCUACCACCUCAAAGACACCACAACAUAAGCUGAUGAAAAAUCUGUCCGAACCUUCAUAUUCUGAUGAGCGACACAGAGGGACAAGCGGCAGCAUCUCAGAAGAUUCCAGCGAUACAAAGAAGAUAGCUGACAAAGGAAGGACACACUCCUUCAUCUUGGAGCUGGAGCAAGGAUCCCAAGAGGCUCUCAGACAACGAUCGGUUGGAAAAUUUGACCGUCUGUCUCACAAAGAGCUUCACUCCAAAGAACGCAAAGAGAAAGAACGCAGCUUGUCCGAUGAACGUGCCAAGCUCAAACUGAAGCAGGAGAAAAAAUCUGAACAUCAGGCGGAUGAAUCUCAGCAGAAGGAAGGCAGUGCUGUUAAGGUAUCCUGUGAAGAGAAAGGUGAGAAGAAGCCCAAGAUCAAAAGUGAGAAGAAGAUCACAGGAAGUACAAAAGAAGGCAAGGUGUCUGAAAAUGUUUCAGAAGAGGGAGGUUCUAAAGAUCCAAAGAAGGUGAAGACUUCAUCUGUGGAGGCUAUCAAAACGGAGAAGGACAAGAAUAAGGACAAAGAUAAGAUCAAAGAAAAGGAAAAGGCCAAAGGAGAGAAAACCUCAGUUAAAAGUGAUUUCAAGCAGCUGCUUCGCCCUGAUUCUGCAGGUUCCUCUGAGGAUCGAUCCGACAUGGAGCCUGAGUCAAACAGCAGCAAGAAGAAAGAUAAACACUCCAAGGACGUCAUGAAAAAGCCAAAGAGCCACAGUGAGGACAGGCCAGGAGAUAAACUCAAAUCUAAAACUGACAGUAAAGACAGUGAGAAGGAAAAAACAAAAGCAGAUCAAGAUGGACAGAAAUUAAACAGGUCAAGCUCGGAAAGUGACAAAGAUCCAAAAAGGGUCAAAUCAUCAGAAAAAGGAAGAAUUUUAGAAAAAUCAAAAUCAAAAUCCAAAGAGGAGGCAAAGACUCCAGUGCUGUCAAAGACGGAGAAGAGAGUUCACAGUCCGGAUGUCAAAAGUGCAGGAGUUUCAUGCGUCAGCAAACCUGAAGCAACAAAAGAGAAGAAGAAAGAGGGAAAUGCAAAAGACCAGAGCAAAGUCUCUGAAGAAUCUUCACAGGAGAGAUCUGACAGUAAAAGUGCAAAGAAAAAGCUGGAGAAGAAGGAUAAAGUUUCAGAAAAGAAAGAUGAGAGUCAAGAAGAGAAAGCACCAAGAGAGGAGAAACUGGAAAAGUCGGAUAAAUCCCCUUCGGUUUCCUCUCUCAGUCUUGAGACAGAUGAGCCGCCAAAGAAACGACCUCUUCUCCAAGACACAAGCACAGACUCCGAUCCCAUCACCACCACCGUCACAACGUUGUUCUCAGACGAUACCUGUGACGCCUUGAGCGACAUCACCCCCGAGCCGCCCGAGGGAGAGACGGAGUCACGCCUGUGCGAGAUGCCAGCUGUGCCUGCAGAGGCCGACGCCCUGCUGACUCUUAUGGACGUCUGCACGUCAGCAGAGGCGAGACUUCCACCUGAGAACACUCGAGAGGAUGUGACAUCCGAGAUGGAGCUUCAGGAUGCUGAUAUGAAGAUGAAAGAGGCAGCUCUGACUCUGCUCUCCAUGGAUCCCGACAGCACAGUGUCCACCAGCUUACUGUGCCAAGAAGCAAGAGAAGAGUCGGCGGUCCAUCCGCCCGCCCCACAACCAAUGGAGACAACUACAGCUGAAGAGGAGCAGCUUCCUCCUAUGGAAGUGCACACAGCUGCUGAAACUGAGUCCCCAGCUGCUGAAACUGAGUCCCCAGCUGCUGAAACUGAGUCCCCAGCUGCUGAAACUGAGUCCCCAGCUGCUGAAACUGAGUCCCCAGCUGCUGAAACUGAGUCCCCAGCUGCUGAAACUGAGUCCCCAGCUGCUGAAACUGAGUCCCCAGCUGCUGAAACUGAGUCCCCAGCUGCUGAAACUGAGUCCCCAGCUGCUGAAACUGAGUCCCCAGCUGCUGAAACUGAGUCCCCAGCUGCUGAAACUGAGUCCCCAGCUGCUGAAACUGAGUCCCCAGCUGCUGAGCCAUCACCAGUUGCAUCUCAAGAAACCGACGAGCUUGCUGAUGUAAAAUCAAACAUUGCAGAUGAGUCAGAAAGCACAGAGGUAAAAAUGGACACGUCAAAUGUUGAAACUUCUGAGACUUUGGCUCUAAAGGAGGAUGAAGCUAUUGCAGAUGAAACUCCUUCAAAAGAAGCUGAAAAUACUGAAAUAUUUCCUGAAAUGCAGUCGGAUGAGAAACCAGCACCUGAAGAGGCUGCUGUUGCUGUGUGUGAAACUGAACAGCCCACAGGAAGCACAGAGGAAAACACGGCGGCUGGUGUUCUCAACACCACUGAACAAUUUACUGAAACUCCUGGUGAACAAGAACAACCAGAGUCAGAUGAUGUCGUCACAAAGGAAAACAUCGAGGCAGAGGAGGCGGUGGGUGAGGAGGAUGGGACCAAGACAGACAUAAUUAACAGUGAAGCUGAGAGUAAGUCAGUGGAGGAAGGAAAUGUCUCAGCAGAGAAAAGCGAUCCACAGACUAUGGAAACCAGUGUCCCAGACAAGACUGAGGAGGCCAGAGAAUCUGAGCCGGAGUCUAAGCUAGUCAAACAAAUCAGUAAUGUCUCCAGCACAGAUAGCCAAGAUGAUGAGAAAGGCUCAGAUCUCUCAGAAAAGGAGGAGAAAACGGAGGGAAGAGGAAGGCGGAAACGAAAGCUGUCCAAUCAGAAAGCUGCAGCAGAGAAAGAGUCUGGUGAGGAGGCGAAUGAGAAAGAAAGUAAAGAGCAGCUGCCUGCUGAGGACGCUGAGCAGGAGAAGCCAGUGGAGGUAAAAACCCCUCGUAGGGGACGAUCGUCCAAACCCACAGAGGAGGCGACGAAAGACGAACCAACACAAGUGGAGAAGUUGGAGGAGACUCCGAGCCGCAGGCGGAGACGAUCAGCACCCAAAGAAGCCGCAGCUGAUAAGCAGAAAGAAGACGAAAAUAAAGUCGCUGAAAGUCCCGAACAAACCUCAUCGGAGAAAGUUGCAGAGACGGAAGCGGUGGAAGAGAGAACUGAAGAGAAAAAUGAACCAAUCAAAAGUGAGGUCAGUCUGCUGCCGUCUGUUCCAGAGGACGGCGAAGGAGCAGCAAGCGCCAAAUGCAGCGAUCCCGCUGACACCAGUGAACAAACAGUGGAGACCAAAGAAUCGCAGGAAAUGGAGGUGUGUGAAUGUGUGGAGGAAGCCCGAGCUCCGGAGGAGGUGGUGCAGGACAACAGUGGACAGGAACAAAGCGAGCAACAGUCUGAUAAAGACAGUGGCCGUCCCCCGUCUGCGAGUCAGUCAGAGGCUCAUGAGGAUGUAGAAGAGCAGAGCUGCAGUGAGAAGAAGGCACAAGACGGCGGGGAAGAGCAACAGCAAGAGGACCAAGAGACGACUCCAAAGCGGACUGGUCGGAGGGGACGGCCAUCAAAGGCAGCAGCUACAGAGGAUUCAGAUAAAAAGGUCAAAAAAGCAGAGGAGAAGGAAAGUGAGCAGAAUGAUGAGGAAGAGGAGGAAGACGAAGGUGAGAAAGAAGGAGAGGAAGAAAAAGAAACUGCAACUAGAGCCACAACACGGUUGGCUUCUCGCCGGGAGGCUGAAAGAAACAAGCCAAGUAAACCAUCCACCCGGGCAAGCAGACAGAACGGUAAAGAGGAGACCGCAGCUGGCACACGCGGGACGAGGGGCCAGGCGGCGGCGGCGGCAGCAGCUGCAGCAAAAGGGGGCCGUAAGCGGGAGAGCAGCCCUCCUGCUGUGCGAACGCGGGGAGGACAGAAAUCAGAGGAGCCCCCUUCCAAAAGAGCCAAACGCUAGGAUGCCUGACAGCAGCACAACGGUUUGCCCCAGCGGUGUUGUUUUUACACUCCAUAUUUGAAGAGCCUCUGCAGUCAGGCACGUAAAGCUGUUUCUGCUUCGCUGGCUGCAGAUAUCGAAGAGCUCUGGAUAGUAUUAUACACUCUCCUCUGAUGGUUGAGUGUAAACCUGAGGAUCUGUGUAAGAAUCCCCCAGAAUACCUUCUGCAGCUCUGCACACAUAUGGUUUGGAUCAGACUUCAUAUUUCACCAUUUAUUCAGUAAUGCCCAGUGAGUAUUUCAGCCCAAUCAGAAGCCUAAUGUGCAGCCAAGUUGUGCUUUGUGAUAAAGAGGGUGAAGUCUGCAGAUUGUGUCUCAUACACACACUUGUACGUAGAAAUCAGCAAUUUGUGAAUUUUAUAAGUACAUUUUCAUUCUGUGAAUGAAACAAGAUGUUUUACUCCUAGGUUUAUUUUUUUUAUGUAAUAGUCAGAAGUUAAAGAAAGGAUUUGGGUUUUUUUUUUUUGUUUGUUUUUUUUUAUUCCACAUUUUAAAUUGAUUUAAGACCUCAAAGACGGGGCAAAACUUGAAGAGUCUUUCAUUACAUAGUUUACUCCUGGUUUUACUCACUAAAUGAAGACCAUCUAGUUAUUUUUAUUGUUACACAGUUAGCCGUCAGUAUGUAUUAAUGUAAAGCCGGAAUUUCAACAUGUUUCUUUUUUAAAUAUAUAUUAAAAAACCCACAAAUAACAUAUUUGUUG